GAGGAGUUUUACGCCGUUUUCGUCUCCAAUGACAGGAGGAUGGUUCCACUCUGGAAGCAGAAAUCAGGGCAUGGAGAUCAGCCUGUUGUCUGGCUGCUUUUGGCAGCUAAACACUCAGCACUCAAAUUCACAGACUGUGUUACUGCAACAGGACUACCAUGUUAUUCUACUCCAUGUUUCCAGUGGGGAGCAGAACUUCAUUUAUGAUCUCGACACAGUGUUGCCAUUUCCAUGUCCUUUUGAGCUGUACAGUGUGGAGGCCUUUAGGUCUGAUGACAGCCUUCCUCCAGAAUUUCACAGGAAAAUCAGGAUGAUUCGAGCAGAUUUGUACUUGAAGACGUUUGCUUCAGACAGGUCUCAUAUGAAAGAUGCAAAUGGGAAGUGGCAGAAACCUCCUCCUUCAUACCCUUGCAUUGAAACUGCAGAGUCAAAGAUGAACUUGGAUGAUUUCAUCAGUAUGAAUCCCGAAGUGGGAUGGGGCUCAGUGUUCUCCCUUCCUGAUUUUGUGCAUCGAUUUGGCAGACAGACUGAUUACAGCUAUUCCUUGGAAGGACAGUGAAGCAAACAAAGAAGUUCUCCCUGCUUCUGUUUUGAGUGGGUGUGUUUUGUUUUGCUGCUCUUACACUGUAUUUAUGGUUUACAUUUCUUUACAUGGAAGUAAGUAUUUGGGCAAAUAGAAUACCCAAUCAGAAAUAUAAUGAACUGAAUAAAAAGUUUUAUUUUGAUUAUGUAA